AUGGCAUCCUUCACACAAGUUUCAAUCCUUUUAUUAUCUUUUUCCCUCAUUUCCCUAUUCAAAUACUCUCAUGCUGCAGGAAUUGCAGUCUAUUGGGGCCAAGAUGGACGUGAAGGUUCCUUGGCAGAAGCUUGCAACACAAACAACUACCAGUUUGUAAACAUAGCUUUUCUGUCCACUUUUGGCAAUCGCCAAACCCCACAACUAAACCUUGCUGGUCAUUGUACUCCAAGUAUCAAUGACUGCACAAAGUUUAGUAGUGAAAUUCAAACAUGUCAAGGCAAGGGAAUCAAAGUGUUACUCUCUCUCGGAGGUGCCCGUGGUAGUUACUCUCUUAAUACGUCUGAUGAAGCCACACAACUAGCAACUUACCUAUGGAACAAUUUCCUUGGUGGAACAUCAAGUUCAAGACCAUUAGGUGAUGCAGUUUUGGAUGGAAUAGAUUUUGAUAUUGAAGCAGGUAAUGGUCAACAUUGGGAUGAACUUGCAAAAGCACUUAAUCGUUCAAGUGCACAAAAGAGAGUUUAUUUGUCUGCAGCACCACAAUGUCCUUAUACUGAUGCUCAUUUAGAUUUAGCAAUUAAAACUGGUUUGUUUGAUUAUGUUUGGGUUCAGUUUUAUAAUAAUGGUCAGUGUCAAUAUUCAAAUGGAAAUAUUGACAAUCUCGUUAAGGCUUGGAAUCAAUGGACUACAAGUCAAGCUAAACAAGUGUUUUUAGGUGUUCCUGCUAACAAUACUGCUUCUGGUUUUGUUCCUUCUGAUGUUUUGAAAUCUCAAAUUCUUCCUGCUAUUAAGAGUUCUCCUAAAUACGGCGGAGUCAUGAUUUGGAAUAAAUUUGAAGAUGGAAAAAGUGGAUACAGUAAUGCUAUUAAGGGCAGCGUUUAA